GGACGCCGGUUUAUCAUAAAAAAGAAAAGCAAGCCUUUCCUAAUAAGGGAGCUCUCAUACCUAUAUAAUCCCCCUUUAUGGAAUAAGAGACCCUCUUAUUUACUUUUUCUUUUCUUUCUUUCUUUUUCUCUAUUAUAAUGAAUAUCAAAUCACACACACAUGUCGUAUACCCAACAUUUCAUGAUAGCUACCAUGCAAAAACAAAGACAAACAAAGAAAUUGAUAUCGAUAGUUCUGUGUAUCAUUUACUUUCACUCUAUUUAAACAAAGACGCAUUGGCUGACAACAAGACAUUGCUAUCUACAAUGGCGACCACUCAUACAUCAACAAGAAGCCCAAAAAGCCUUCAUUGGAAAAAAUCAAGUCAUAUGAUUAGGACACAAAAAUCAUGGCUUGGAGAAGAAAAAUCUAAAAGGAAAGACGACAAAGAAAUAUUACUAGAGAGAAACACACUCAAAAACUCGUCUAUCCAGAGCGAGUAUGUACAUAAAACAGUACACAAAAAGACAAGGUCAAAAUCAGUAUCUUUUAGCGAUACGGUUACCAUCAUCUUACCGCAGAAUGACAUUGAAACGGCAAGAUUAGAAGAAGAAGAUUUAUUUGUAGAUGCACUAGAACAUCUAGAAUGAUGUUAUUGUACACAUACAUACACACACACACACACACACACACAUAUAUAUAUAUAUACAUACGAAACUUGUACAUCCC